GUCCAAGCGACAGCAGCCGGUUAGUUCUCCAGCUGUGUGUUGGUGAGCUCAGUGCAUCUGCAGACCUAAGGAGACAGUUCAUCAAUCUAGCUCUGACCUCUGCUCCUGGACAACAGCAGCGAGGUCAAAAUUUUGAACGAAGAACAACCAACGAUUAAUGACAAAGAAGACUGGUAGAAAAUGUGUGCCGCCAUCUACGUCCUGUCAACGGUAACGGGCUACGUGCUCACCUCUGCCCUGCUGCUGAAAUGUCCGGGUCUUCUGCACCGGAAGAAAAGAGAGACGUUCCUCAGCCGGCACAUAUCCCACCGAGGAGGAGCAGGAGAAAACCUGGAGAACACAAUGGCAGCUUUCAGACAUGCGGUGGACAUCGGCACCGACAUGCUGGAGUUGGACUGCCACCUGACAAAGGACGGACAGGUCGUGGUUGUCCACGAUGCCAACCUGCAGAGGGUCUGCGGCGUCGAUGCCAACAUCAGAGACACGCCCUACGCCGAGCUCCCUCCAUACCUCUGCAGGCUGGGGGUCACCUUUCAAAAGGAGUGUUUUUGCGAGGGCGGCGAGGACAAGCGCAUCCCGCUCCUCAGGGACGUUUUUGAUGCCUUCCCCGACAUCCCCAUCAACAUCGACAUCAAGGUCAACAACGACGCACUCAUUAAAAAGGUUUCUGAGCUGGUUGUUAAAUACGACAGAGAGCAUCUGACUGUGUGGGGCAACUCCAGAAGUCAGAUUGUCAAAAAGUGCUACAAAGAGAACUGCCAUAUUCCUGUGCUGUUCAGCCUUCCCAGAGUGCUGCAGCUGUUAGGUCUCUUCUACACCGGUCUCCUGCCCUUUGUUCCACUGAAGGAACAGUUUCUGGAGAUCCCCAUGCCUUCCAUUAUAACCAAACUAAAGAGUCCCAACAGCUUAACAAGGAGUCAACGAUUGAUCGCCUGGCUCGCCGACACUUUGCUGAUGAGGAAAGCUCUUUUCCAGCAUUUAACUGCGAGGGGAAUCCAGGUGUACAUCUGGGUGCUGAAUGAUGAGGAGGACUACAGAAGGGCGUUCGAUCUGGGGGCCACAGGAGUCAUGACAGAUUUUCCCACCAGGCUUAAAGAGUUUAUGGAUAGGAAUGGCAUUUCUAAACCCCAGUGACCCGUCGGAGCUCACCUCACCUUCGAGCUCGCUGACCUGCCAAACCGCCGCUCCACCUUCAACCCCGCCCCCCUCUCUCUCUCACUGCGUGCAUUCCUGCAGGGCGCCACAGAAGAAUCACUCUGAUGCUCCUGUCCCGGUGAUUUAAAAUAACUUUUCUAGUUGUGUAAAAAUCCCUAAAGGGGGUAUUUCUGUGUCGAGUGAGCCAGCUGUUGGAACCACCUCAAACUCGUUGCAAAUAUUUUCGCUUUCAAGCCUGCACCGGUGAGCCAGUUUGUGGGUUCAUACGAGCUAUUUUAAAUAAGAACCUAGAGUUCUUUAAUAUAUAUAAAGGAAUAAUAUAAUAAAUAUAUAUAUAAAGAAAUGCCAGAGUUUUAAACUACCAUCAUCUGAUGGUGAGAAAUAAUAGAGUGAGAGCUGUUUUUGAUUGAAUCUCUCUCAAUACUGUGUCUGAGUAUGUGUUGGACGUGAAUCUACCACACCAAAUUUUAUUUCAGUAACCAUAGAAUGAGUUAUAUCCAUUAUUGUCUUAGCUCAUGUUGACUAGCUUAAUAAAUCUGUUGUAGAUGCAAAUCUGGUGAGAAAAUCACUCUAAUUUGUCCAAUGGUUUAUGAGAUAUUUUGCUAACAGACAUUUUAUUACAAUAGUUAAUGAUAAAGUUUAAAAUACAAAUCUUGCACAACUAAAUACUGCUCUAAUUAUGAUUUAAACUUAAUCUCUAUUUCUCCCCAACUGACUAAGUUAGAGGCGGGGUUGAUAAAGCUGUGGCGGCCAUCUUGAAUCAGGUUGUCUCUAAAAUUAAAGUAGACGUUCAUCCAAUGAUUUGUUUUUUUAAAAGUUCAAUUAAAACACAACGACUUCUUCAUGACAUUUUUGGACUAUUAGUCAGUGAAACACCAGCCGAAGCAUAAAUACACACAACCAAAAGUGUGUAAACAAAAACAUCAAACCAUUAAUUCUGUUUAUGAAGAAUGAUAAACACUUGAUCUGCCACGCUUGUUAGUCUGGCAAAACUUAAUAGACAUUUUUAUUAAAUGCACCCCCCACUGCUACCUAUUUAAAAUAGAUUUAUUUUAAUAUAAACAUUAAAAGAGAGAAAUAUUUAUCUAGCUGCUGCUACAAGAACUCGCACAAACAGCUGCUCUUAUCUUUCCUGAAAGUUGUUUGUAAAUAAGAAAAUGAAUUAAUUUAUUUGUGAUUUAAUGUAAAAUACAGUGUAUGAUGUUGUUCCUGUCAGUCGAUUCUGACAGAUGAACUAAUGACGUUCUGAUCACCUGACUUUUACCAUAAAACCCAUAAACUUGUUCUUUAGGUGAAAUUGAAAGUUCAUCUAAAAUUUAUAUAAUUGGACAUCUAUUGCAAAUACAAUCAAGAAGAAAAUCAUCCAAAGAUAAUAUUUAAGGUGGACAAAUCUGGUGAACUUGACAGAACAUCCAGAGUGUUUUUACUACGCUCCCCUUUAGGUAAUCAGCCCUUUUAAAUUGCACUUUUUGUUUCCCAACUGUACAUUUUCACACAAAACAGUGUUAGAAGUCUGUGGUAUUUAAAUCCACAUCGUCUCAAUAGGCUGGUCUAGAAAAAAGCAACAAAACCACCUAAGUCAUGUUUGUGAGUCUUGGUUAUUGUAUUACACACAACUUCUUUCAUAAAGGUUUACAGAAGUGAAGCUGUUUUAUUGUUUAUGGCUGAUUUUUCUUUGUCGCGUUCAAGAAAACAAUAGAACCACCAGCAGAUGUAGCUUCAGUGUUAACUUCCCAGUUUCUGUUUUUAUUUUUAUUUUUUAUGAUCAGACGGCUGCAGCUGUAAGAAACUAGUCAGAUAAAUGUGAGUUUUUAUGUGCUGGACGCUGCCAAAGUGAACUUAGUUUCUCUAAGUUUAACCCUAAAAUGAGCAGUUUGACAGUGGAGGUGAAGAGUUUCUCAUAUCUGCAGAACGUUUCUGAAAACACUAWUUACUGUCGUAACCACUGCUUUGUGUCUUUUUUUAUUUUUACAUGCAAGUGAUCAGAAGUUGUUUCUCAGAAUCAAAGUCCUGGACAGUGAUUAAAAGGGGACAUUUUGCACAAAUUAUGAAUUUUUCUAUAUAUCUUUACGUCAGUGUGACAGUAAACAUAUUUAAGAUAUUCAAUAUUAACAAUAUUUAAAUCAUCUGGCAUUUCAUCAACAAGGUUUGUUGUUUGUUUUAUUGCUGGCAUUUGAUUUUGAUGUUCAUUAAAUUAAAAAAACAAACUUUAAGACAAGAUUCCUGCAUCUCUGCUGCAGACAGAUGUAAAAGUUUCAAUCCCAACUUGUGAUCAUGUGUUCGGGGUCUGUACUGAAUGUAGUAUUGUUUGAAUGUACUGUAUUUUGUACUCAAUUUAAGUGUUUUGUUUCCUGUUCUUUAUUUUUCUUUUAUGGUCUUUUGAGUUCCUACUGUCUUGUUUUUUGUUUGGUUCAUAUAGGAAUAAUGUGAAAGACUUGAUUUCUAAAUCAUAUCGGGGGGGAAUUAUAUUUUUAUAAUAUUGUGUUGCAAUGAGUGUUUUUUGUUUGUUCAUGAUGAUGUUUGUGUUUUACUGACAUUCACUUUAUCCCACCUACAAUCAUCCAUUUGAUUGCAUUAAUAAAGCAAACUGUCUUCAUAUUGA